AUGGGAAGCAAGGCUUGCAAGGCUCCUUAUCCUCAACUCCCUCUUGAUCUCAUCUUCCAUAUCCUUGCACGACUCCCAGUCAAGUCCCUGUUGAGAUUCAUGUUUAUUGUUUGCGAGGAGCGAUGUUUAUACUUGUGGAACCCAUAUAUCAGGACAUUCAGCAGACUUCCUCAUUGGGGUUUUGAAUUUAAAAGAUCGGAUCUUGGAAUAUAUGGGUUCGGGUAUUUUGAGCUGCAGGAUGAUCACAAAUUCGUAGCACUCAGGAUUGAGGGUUCCAAGAAUCAUCUUUCCCUAAAAGAUUGGCGUGUUAAUUAUGGGGGCGCUUUUGUGAAUGGGAAGCUUCAUUGGGCUGCAAAGUCUCGCCGUAAAAGAGGCCUCUAUCCUGCGAAUAAAAUUGUUAGUUUUGAUUUGGUUGAUGAGACUUACGGAGAUAUAGAACUGCCAGAAAAUUAUACGGCGAUGAGGGGUUCUAGGAAAUGGAGUAUACGAGUUUUAGGGGAAGGGUAUCUGGCUUUGCUUUGGCACCAUGUUCAGGAACAUGUGAACUUAUGGAUUAUGACAGACUAUGGAGUUGGACAAUCUUGGACUAAAAUGUUGAUGAUUCCUUAUCCUGAAGAUGAUCUUAAAUGUCAAUUUUCGCGAUCUGCCAUUUGUGCAAUGCAACCUGUGUUCUUAUCAAUUAAUGGUAAGUUAUUGCUGAAACUGGGGUCCAGAUUAGUCCUUUACAAUCUUGAAGACGAUUCAUACGAGGAUUGUACUUUUAGCUAUAAUUCACCACAUGUUGGUGAUGAUCUUGGGGUGGACAUCUAUGAUGAAAGUUUAGUUUUGCCUGAUGCCAUUGAUGGACAAAUUAGCUGA